UCUGGUCCCCGAUGCUGGAAUUCCUUGUCACACAACAUCCGCAACAUCAGUUCUCUUGACAACUUCAAGGGCAGACUGAAAACUGAUCUGUUUUCUCCACAUAAUCUAUAACUUGUCUUCUGGAGUUGUCCUUAGUCGCGCAUUGUUACUUGCGAAAAUGCGCGCUAUAAAUAGUGUUAUUAUUAUUAUUAUAAUCAAACCAUAGGUCCAUGGUGCUAAACAGAUAUGCCUCCAGUUUUCGGAUAACUGGGGUGCGGCACGUAUACGUGCACUGGCAGCUAGGACAGUCAGUCCGGUGUUUCCUGGUUUCACAAGUACUGAAUAAACCCGCAUAGUGCAGGUAGCAGGGUGACCGUUUCAGCCAAUUUUCGGCUAACUUUGACAGAAUUUUUUGUUAAAAAAAACGAGUUUGACAGAAAAUUUGACAGAAUGGAUUUUUUUGGCAGGUAGGUAGGCUUAGCCAUGCGCCGUGACACGCUGUAGAGCUAGGACCUAACUCUAUGAUUGUACGAUGUUGAAAUUACGUGAUGGCCGGCCGUGACUAUAACGAAUGACCUUGAAUUGACCGAACAACAACGAACAACAACGCUGUUGCACGUAAACAUCAAGACUGCGGCUGUUGGGUGAGGUGGAUGAUUGAGUUCGCGAAUUCUGCUGUUCAAGUCCACGCAAAAAUCGGGAAAGAUCGUUUGAAAUCUAUCCUAAAUCUGAGACAUUCAUACCAGCCACGAUGGAGUUCACGCCAGCAGGCAUCGUGUUAGCCGUUGCCGCAUUGUUUACUCUGUGGUGCGCCCUCUACGUCCUCACCAGCUUGGCGUUUCCUGACACGCCCAAGGCGGGCAGGAAUCGUUUCGUUGUGACGCUCAACAUCAUCGCGACUUUAGGCUUGGCCGUCUGGUGCGAAUUUUACAAAACCGACCCUUGCGAUAACCCAGGUGCCGAAUCCAACGCCAAGGAGACAAUCCUACUGAUCAACGCCCUUUCUGGGAUGCUGUACGACCUCUUCCACUGUUGCUGUAUCGGUCAUCUCGAGAACCUGAGACAAUUCGUCCAUCACUCCCUGGUCAUAAUGAUGCUCUCCACGGCACUCGCCACCGGUCGAUCGGGCAGUGAGGUGGUUUACUUCCUUUUCUUCGCCUUCAUAACUCUCCCCAUGAACAGUCUCUUGCGUUUCAUGAGGUAUCACGACAUGACGGAGCACAUCGCGUACAAGAUCGUGGACGUGACGCGUGCGGUGCUGUUUCUAUUCCUCCGCGUUUCGGUAGGGGCGUACGUCGCCUACUGUUACAUUCCAAACCCGGUGCCGCAUAUUCUGAUUCGCAUACCUGCUACUGCAUUUAAUGUCGUUGGGUUGAUUUUCGCUGUCGUUAAUGCACGUCGCGUUUAUCGACAGAUGAUGCAAACAAAUCAGAAAGUUGAGUAGCAAGCACUCGAGCUGCGGAUCAAUG